UACAACAAGCAGUUAAGUUACGUUAAGAAAAUAUAUUUCGCUGACAAAGUUGACGUGGCCUGAUUAAAACAGACGACUGCAAGCAUGUCAGAUUCUGAGGAUGAGUUUGCAAGUGCAGAUGAAGGCGAUGGUUUGCCAAAAGAGAAAAGUUCACAUCCAGAAACUAAAGCAACAAAAACUAAUAAAUCUGAUGGAAACAUUUCUGGUAAAAGUGCUACAGUGACAAGUACUUCAAAAACAAGUAAAACAGAAGAAAAAGAAAGCAAAAAAGGUGCAAGCAGUAAAGAUUCUCAGAAGAAAAUUCCACAGAAAAAUGUAAAUAAAGAUAAGCCUGGUAAUGGAAAAAAGGAAACAGCAAAAUCCACAGAUAAAAAGGCAAAAACAAAUACUGCUAAUAAAUCUCAGGCUCCAAAGUUGGGGUCAGGUUUACCUUCCAAGGGAAAAACUAAACAAUCAGGUGAUUCUUCUGAAUCAUUAAGUCCAGUUACGGGUGAUCAUAAAAAACAAGUGGACAUUGAAAGGGAUAAACAUGAGGAUAAACCAGAUAUUACUGAGUCAAAGCCUCAAACAUCAGCACAGCUCACAAAAGCAGAGGAGAAAAAUUCACAAGGGGAAACAACUACUCAUACUGCAGAAGAGAUGACUACCCAAAGGUCAAGGGAAACAACUCCCCAGAAAGAUACAAGAAAGAAUGUAGAUAAUGUUCCUUCCAAACAUUCAGAGGAAUUAAGUGCACAGAAGAAAGUUGAAGAGAAAAAACAAUCACCAGCCUCUGAUGGUUGGAGUUCCUGGGGUAACUGGGGGUCAUCCUUGAUGAGUGUAGCAUCACAUUCAGUAUCCACCUUCACCAGUCAAGUUGAGGACGGGUUCAACACACUGGUUGAUGCUGUUGAGACCAGCAUGGGGGCACCAUCACCAGAAGAGCUAGCAGAGAUGAAGAGGAAGGCCAAAGCUGAAUCAGAGGCCCCAGAAAACACAAGCAUGGAACGAGAAAUCUCAGAAAAAGAGGCCCAGGAAAACGAUGAAAAGACAAAAGAAAGUAAAAAUGAGAUGAAGAAGGAAGAUAAUGCAGAGAGCCAUAAAGAGGAGCAAACAAAAGGUGGAUGGUUCCAGUCCUUAGCUGAUCAAGUUGGCGAUGGGUUUAACUCUCUGGUUGAUGCUGUUGAGACCAGCAUGGGGGCACCAUCACCAGAAGAGCUAGCAGAGAUGAAGAGGAAGGCCAAAGCUGAAUCAGAGGCCCCUGAAAACACAAACACGGAGAGAGAAACGGCAGUAGAAGUUGGUCAGGAGGGAAAGGGAGAUAAACAAGAGGAGGAAAAGACAGCUGACAGCGAGAUGAAUCCUGGAGGAGCAGAUCAAGGGAACAGCUGGUUUUCAUCAUGGGGAAUGUCAGGCUUGACCUCAGUGGUACAGAACACCACCAACAUGGUACAGAACACGAGUAAAACCUUGGUGACUGGGAGUUUGGAUGUUUUGGAAACCAUUGGUAAAAAGACAUAUGAUGUCAUCAAAGACCAUGACCCUGGUCUUCGUAAGACAAAGGAAGUGUUGUUUCACCGUGGAGAUAAACCAAAUCUUUCCCAGAUUCUGCGAGAAGCUAAAGAGGAUUCGGCUAAGCGUAUUGAGAUAGAAAAAGAAUCAGAAGAAGCACAGAAGGCUCAUUUUGGGUUUAUGUUUGAUGAAUAUCAAGGCCUAGCUCACCUGGAGGCUCUAGAGAUCCUGUCCAAUCAGUGUGAGAAGAAAGUUCAGACACUUCUGACAUCAAUGCCAGCCGACACACUUGCCGACAUCAAGGCAGACCUCAUCAGAAUCAAACAGGUGUUUGAAAGAGACGAAAAUAGUGAAGAUGAAGAGACAGAGGACCAAGACUUUGUGAAGCUGGUGACUGAUGACUUAGCAAACCUUGGUCUAGGAACUGAUCCUGGAAAACUAAAAAGAAGCCAUGAAAAAAUCCGCCAAAGUAUCAGUGAGUUGUGUACAAAGAAGGAGGAAGAGGAAGGAGAGCGGGCCAAGCCCAAGGCUGUUCACCAGGUGGCUAUACAGUCACUUGCAGAACUGACAUCAAAGUCAGUGGAACAGUUCCAUAAAGCAGGGGAGCUAAUCCUGCUACAACAACACUCAGAUAAACAGUGUCUGGAGCGUGCCACCAGUCUUUCUAAUCUAACAAAUGUCCUGUGUACAGAAGUGGGAAUUUUAUCUGUGAGAUUUACAUCCAUCCUCAACACAAUGGCUGGGGAGGGGGACAAGGAUAGCAGUGAUAUCAACACUUUGGUCACCAAUAUCUACCUGGAGGCAGGAAAUAGUAGUACUUACAUACAGGACGCCUUCCAAUUACUACUACCAUGUCUACAGGAAGUCACAAUACAGACUGCUCUACAACACAACCACUGAACCAUACAGUCUACAGGAAGUCACAAUACAGACUGCUCUACAACACAACCACUGAACCAUACAGUCUACAGGAAGUCACCCAGUCUACAGGAAGUCACCAUACAGACUGCUCUACAACACAACCACUGAACCAUACAGUCUACAGGAAGUCACCCAGUCUACAGGAAGUCACAAUACAGACUGCUCUACAACACAACCACUGAACCAUACAGGGUACAGGAAGUCACCAUACAGACUGCUCUACAACACAACCACUGAACCAUACAGUGUACAGGAAGUCACCAUACAGACUGCUCUACAACACAACCACUGAACCAUACAGUGUACAGGAAGUCACAAUACAGACUGCUCUACAACACAACCACUGAACCAUACAGUGUACAGGAAGUCACAAUACACACUGCUCUACAAUACAACCACUGAACCAUACAGUGUACAGGAAGUCACAAUACACACUGCUCUACAACACAACCACUGAACCAUACAGUGUACAGGAAGUCACAAUACACACUGCUCUACAACACAACCACUGUACCAUACAGUGUACAGGAAGUCACAAUACACACUGCUCUACAACACAACCACUGAACCAUACAGUGUACAGGAAGUCACCAUACAGACUGGUCUACAACACAACCACUGAACCAUACAGUGUACAGGAAGUCACCAUACAGACUGCUCUACAACACAACCACUGAACCAUACAGUCUACAGGAAGUCACAAUACAGACUGCUCUACAAUACGACCACUGAACCAUACAGUCUACAGGAAGUCACCCAGUCUACAGGAAGUCACCAUACAGACUGCUCUACAACACAACCACUGAACCAUACAGUGUACAGGAAGUCACCAUACAGACUGGUCUACAACACAACCACUGAACCAUACAGUGUACAGGAAGUCACCAUACAGACUGGUCUACAACACAACCACUGAACCAUACAGUGUACAGGAAGUCACCAUACAGACUGCUCUAAAAAAACAACCACUGAACCAUACAGUGUACAGGAAGUCACCAUACAGACUGCUCUACAACACAACCACUGAACCAUACAGUGUACAGGAAGUCACAAUACAGACUGCUCUACAACACGACCACUGAACCAUACAGUCUACAGGAAGUCACCCAGUCUACAGGAAGUCACCAUACAGACUGCUCUACAGCACAACCACUGAACCAUACAGUGUACAGGAAGUCACCAUACAGACUGGUCUACAACACAACCACUGAACCAUACAGUGUACAGGAAGUCACCAUACAGACUGGUCUACAACACAACCACUGAACCAUACAGUGUACAGGAAGUCACCAUACAGACUGCUCUAAAAAAAACCACUGAACCAUACAGUGUACAGGAAGUCACCAUACACAGACUGCUCUACAACAUGACCAGUGAACCAUACAGUCAACAGGAAGUCACCAUACAGACCGUUCUACAACACAAUCACUGAACCAUACAGUCUACAGGAAGUCACCAUACAGACUGCUCUACAACACAACCACUGAACCAUACAGUGUACUGGAAGUCACCAUACAGACUACUCUACAACACAACCACUGAACCAUACAGUGUACAGGAAGUCACCAUACAGACUGCUCUACAACACAACCACUGAACCAUACAGUGUACAGGAAGUCACAAUACAGACUGCUCUACAACACAACCACUGAACCAUACAGUGUACAGGAAGUCACCAUACAGACUACUCUACAACACAAUCACUGAUGUAUAGUCAAAGUAAUAUUUUAGUAGUUUAAACAAUGAUGUAAAGAACAGUAUGACUGAACAUUGUUACACAGAGCAGUGUGUCUGAACAUCAGUCUACAGACCAAUAUGUCAGAACAUUGUUCCACACAGGAGUUUAAACUUUGUUUUCUUUUUUGAGUGCUAUGUCAGAAAAUCAGUGCAAGGCAGUGUCAUAUCAGACAUCAAUUCAGUGCUAUAGAAGCCACUUGUACAUAGUAGGAUAUAUAGGACAUCAGUAGCUGUAUCCUAGUAGGUGAGCUUUUGUGUAUAUAUAAUUACAGGGAUCAGGAUAACAAAUCAUUUAUCAUGAACCAGUAUUUUGUCAUGUUCAAUAUGUAAUAUUUAUUAGUUUUAGCUUAUUGAAAAUUUUGCUGAAGUUCUGACAUUGGACUGAAAUAUUGUUAAUGUGUAUUUAUUUUCAAACAGGUCAUGAAAAAACGAUGGAUGGCAUUUAUGAUUAUAUUUAUACUCAACCUGA